AUGAUGGAGUCUUGUUUAGCCGGGAAGCCAGAGAGAGUCGGUCCAGUGGAAGUCGAUGACAUCAGGAGGGACCUGCUGGGUGAAUUUGCCGCUCUGCCAGUGCAGGUCUGUCUGACGGAAUUGCCAUCACAGUCAGAGAACCUGCAGGUCUACCUGAGGGUUCGACCGUUCACUGCAGCUGAGAGCGACUCACAGGAGUGUGUGACUAUCGAGGGACCCGACACUGUGGUCCUGAAGGCUCCCAGGAGCUGUCAAUCAAACCGACAAAGUGACAAGUCCCUCCCACAGACAGCACAGAGGUUCACCUUCACACAGGUGUUCGGUCCGGACGCCGGUCAGAGGAAGGUGUUUGAGGGUUCCGUUCGGGGUUUGGUCCGAGAUGUUCUGGAUGGAGGAAACUGUUUGGUGUUCACCUACGGAGUCACCAACGCUGGAAAAACCUUCACAUUCCUGGGUCCAGAUCAUGACAGUGGUCUGCUGCCACGGUCUCUGUCGGUCAUCUUCAACAGUAUCGAUGGUCGUCUGUACGGACGGAACGAUCUGAAGCCUCAGCGCUGCAGAGACUACAGCAGACUGACUCCAGACCAGCAGGCAGCUGAGAGCAGCAGCAAGAAGAACCUGCUGAGGCUGCUCAAAGAGAGCGACAAAAGUCUAAUGUCUGGAAGAUCGACUUCUCUUGACGGCUCGUCUGUCAGCACUGACAGCAGUGUCAGCAACGUCUCUGAAGCCGACAGUUUCUGUCUGGAUGUCGCCUCGAACGUUCGCUUCUCUGUCUGGGUUUCAUUCUGUGAGAUUUACAAUGACAACAUCCACGACCUGCUGGAACAGAUUCCCAUUGGACAACACAGGAGGACGGUGCUGCGUCUGUCUCAGGACGUCAAAGGAAACUCUUUCAUCAAAGACCUGCGCUGGGUGCAGGUGAACAGCUCUGAAGAAGCCUACAGAGUGAUGAAGAUCGGGAAGAAGAACCAGAGUUUCUCGUCCACCAGACUGAACCAGCUGUCAAGCAGGAGCCACAGCAUCUUCUCCAUCAGGAUCCUCAGAGUGGACGACGUCGGAGUUCCCAGAGUCCUCGGUAUCAGCGAGCUGGCUCUGUGCGACCUGGCCGGGUCUGAGCGCUGCUCUCGGACUCAGAACACCGGAGACAGACUGAAGGAAGCUGGAAACAUCAACAGCUCUCUGCUUACACUCGGGAAGUGCAUCAGUGCCAUGAAGCUCAACCAGAACGCCAAGUUUCAGCACCACAUCCCCUUCAGAGAGUCCAAACUCACCCACUUCCUGCAGUUCUUCUUCUGUGGUGCUGGCCGGGUCUCCAUGGUGGUAAACAUCAACCAGAACUCAUCCUGCUUCGACGAGACACUCAACGUCCUCAAGUUCUCCGCCCUCGCCCAGAAGGUGGUGGUGUUGAGCUCGCGGCCGGCGGUCCCAGACGACGCCCCCCACAGGGCGGCCAUGGAGCUGUCCAUGAUCAUCGACGAGGCUGACCAGCGCAGGAAUGUGUCAGGGAGGGGCAGGAAGAGCUCGAUGGUCGCCUGGGACACGAGCCUGGAGGAUGUGCUGGAGGAUGAGGAUGGUGAAGAUUGGGAGGAGGAGGAGGAAGAUGAUGAGGAGGAGAGUGCUAUGGAGGGAACAGUGCUGGAGGCAGGAGGGGAGGAAGACGAGGAGGAAGCGGACAGGACCAUGGAGGAAGAACAGAAGUUUGGCAGAGAGGCAGCGCUGCGUUUGGUUCUGGAGGCUCAGAUCAGAGAAGAGGUCAGCGCUGAGUUCAUGGAGCUCUUCAGCAAGAUGGAGAAAGACUACAGCGAUCGUCUGGAGAAGGAGAAGGAGAUCCUCGAGGAGAGAGCCGAGAAGAGAGUCGAGAUACUGAAGAACCUUGUCAGCAAGACGGUCGAUCUGUCUGCUGUUGGCACUGACAACAGCAAGGAGCAGCAGACGGCUGCGUUGGAGGGAUUCAUCAGCUCAUUGACUGAAGACCUGGAAAAGAUCAGAGAGGACGCUCAGAGUGUUCACCACUGUCUGACUGAACACACACACGCUGCAGAGCUGGAGGCCCUGCGCUGCGAGAACCAACAGUUGCGAGACCAACUGCAGGAGGUUCUGCAGCAGCUUCAGCAGAGGAGGACGGGAGGAGACGAGGAGAAGGAGGAGAGCAGGAAACGACAGCGUGAGUCUCUGGAGGAGGAGGAGGAGGACCAAGGACCGAGGAGAAGGAGAGUGGUUCUGGAGGAGGAGAUCUGGAGGCUCCAGGAGGAAAACGACAAGAAGGAGCAAACUAUCGUGGAGCUGAGAGAGAGUGAGGAGAGGAGGAGGAGGCCGCUGGAGGAGGAGUUGAAGAGACGUGAAGAGGAGGUGGAGGAGCUGAAGAAGGAGCAGUUGUUGCUGGAGCAGAAGGUGCAGAUGUUGACAGGUCUGGACGAGUGUCCGAACUGUGACUCUGUGUUCUCGUCUCUGGAGUCGGAGCAGAGAGAAACUUCCAGGCUGACGAAGGAGAACAAAGCUCUGGUGAACGGUAUCUUCCAGCUGCAGACAGAGGUGACCAGCCUCAAGACGCAGCUCAGAGAGCAGACUGAAAGCUGUGACAGCCUAUCAGAGCAGCUCAAUGCGGCAAAGACCCGCCUCCAAGACCUUGAGAGCCAAUCAGAGGAGAGGGUUGACAUCAUCAACAGUCUGACACAGGAAGUGGAGCAACUGAGACAGGAAGUCAAGGAGGAGGAGGGGCGGAGCAGCAGCAGCAUGGAGGAGCUGAAGAAGGAGAGCGAGGCAGUGCUGGAGCGAUCAGCUCAGAAAUCCCAGCAGAUCCAAGAUCUGCAGAGAGAAAAGAGGGAGCUGCAGGACACUCUGACACACAGUGAGAACAGGUGUGUCGAGCUCAGGGAGGAGUCAGCCAAUCACAGAGCAGAAUUAUCCCGUCAGCUGAAGAGACUGAGGGCGGAGCUUGAGUCUGAGGGCGGAGCUCUGCGAGGGAGGCUGGAGGAGGCGGAGAGAGAGAAACAAGAGCUGCGGCGGGCGGCGCUGGCGAAGGACACGCUGGUGGAGGAAACUUACAGACAGACGGAGGCUCUGAGACAAGAACUGGAGCGACUGAAGGAGGAGCUGCAGAGGAGGGAGAGGAGGAGCAGGGAGUUUGUUGCUGUGAAGAGAGAGGUGGAGAAACUCCGGAGUGUGAAGGAGGAGAGAGAGACCAACCUGCAGAGGUGUGGUGGGCGUGUCCUUCUUCCAGAACAGGAUGUUUGUGUCUCUCCUCUCAGGUCCAACAUGGCUGACAGGAAGAAAAUCCCCAAAACUACAGAAAGAGAAAGGAGGAAGAGGAAGAGCUGCGAGGUGGAGGACCUGGUGUUCAGUGAGAACAAGAGGAACAGAUUGAGAGGAAACACUCGAAACAACAAACAGUCUUCUUCUGUGGUGAAGGAGAACAGAGAUGUGACCCUUCAGAAGAUUGGAGAGUUGAUCCAGAGCUCUCCAUCCAUCCUGGGCAGCAAAGCUAAAACCAUCAUCGAUCUGGUCAGCGGACGUCCAGCGGAGAAGGAGAUGCUCGGCACUGCAACCAAACCGAAACGAGGACGAAAGAAGCUUUUAAAGACGGGUGCCUCGUCUCCGCUGCUCGACUCUCCACACAUGAUGUCAGGAGGAGCAGAGGAGGAGAAGGAGAGCGAUCACCUGAUCAUCAAGAGACAUCUGCGGUCCAAGACCUGCAGAAAGUGACAUCAUCAUCAUGUGACUACACUACUCAGGUCUCAGACGGGAUCAGAACCACUCAGGACUCUGAGAAUAAAGCUUUUCUCUUCAGUGAGACUGAAGAAGAGUUUGUUUUAAAUAUCUGUACAGUUUGUCUGUCUGUCUCGUUUUAAAAUUGUACUUUGUGAUUUGAGGACUUUUUUAAUAUCUGGGGGUCAAUAAAGAGCUGAGAGAACAGUG